AUGUCGACCCCGUCCACCCCGCAGAUGGCGGGCUCAUUUCAGAACAGCCCGGAUCCAUCAUCAUCGUCUCCCGCUGCCGCCGCCGCCGCCUCCGCAUCUGCGCCAGCCGCCGGCAAGGGAUCCAACCCGCCCAAGCAGCCCAAGCAGCCCAAGCAGCCCGGCCAGAAAUCGGCAAAGGAGCUAAAGGCGGAGCGCCGAGCCGCAAAGAUCGCGACCAGGCCCGAUGGCAAGGCGGGCGCGGGAGGUGCACCCGGCGCGGCAGGCGGCCCAUCGACUGGGCCAGCGGGAGGUGCCGGCGCAGCAGCAAACCGAGGUUCGCACCACGCUGGCGCCAAGGGAGGGAGGGGAGGCGCAGGCGGCGAGGGCGGGGGAGACGAGGCGCAGUCGAUGGGAAGGCGCGACGACGCAUCGCGGAGGAGCAACCAGUCGCAGGCAAAGGGCCAGGGCGGCGCCAAGCAGCAGCAGCAGCAGGCGGCGGCAUCGCACCACCACCUCGGGUUCCACGAGUCGCAGACGGCCGCCUCGACCAUCGGCGGCGUGUCGCUCUUUGGCAACGUGUCGCAGCCGCGCUCGUCGCAGCUGCACACGCAGUCGAUUGUGUCGUCGUCGUACCGGUCCAACAUCCACCCUUCGAUCCUCAAGCUGAGCACGCAGCUGUCCGAGUUCCGGCUGAUGGGCGCCGACUCGCGCGCCAUGGGCCUGCUGCAGGCGCUGGCCGACGUCAUCCGCGACUACCGCACGCCGCCGGGCGAGGUGCUGAAGCGCGACCUGCUGCGCACCGUGUCGAACCAGGUGGGCCACCUGGUCGAGGCGCGGGCGAUGGGCACGUCGACGGGCGUUGCGACGCGCUACCUCAAGUACGAGAUCUCGCUGUGCUCGGCCGACAUGACCGAGGACGAGGCCAAGGAGCAUCUGCUGGAGCGCAUCGACCACUUUGUGCGCGACCGCAUCGUCUACGCCGCCAAGAUUAUCCGUGCGCAGGCGGGGAGCAAGAUCAAGGACGGCGACGUCGUCAUGACGUUUGCGCGGUCGACGGUGGUCGAGGGCACGCUGCUGGCGGCGCACCGGCAGGGGAUCCGGUUCUCGGUGGUGGUGGUCGACUCGCGGCCGCUGCUCGAGGGGCGGGCGCUGCUGUCGGUGCUGCUGGCGGCGGGCAUCCCGUGCACCUACGGGCUGGUGUCGUCGCUGGGAGCGCUGAUGCCGCGCGCCACGCUGCUGCUGCUGGGCACGGCGGCGCUGCUGGCCAACGGCGCGCUCUACUCGCGCGCGGGGACGGCGACGUGCGCCAUGAUGGCCAAGGAAAAGGGCAUCCCGGUCAUCGUGUGCUGCGAGACGUACAAGUUUUCCGAGCGCGUCCAGCUCGACUCGUUUGUCCAGAACGAGGCGGGCAGCCCGCGCGACCUGCUCACCUCGGACGACGAGGCGGCCCCCCCGGCGGCGGCGGCGGGGUCAACCGUGGGCGAGUGGGAGGGCAACGCGAGCCUGGGACUGGUCAACCUGCUCUACGACGUGACGCCGCCGCGCUACGUGAGCGCCGUGGCGAGCGAGGUGGGUCUGAGCGGACCCGAGAGCGUCUCGGUCAUCCUGCGAGACUACAAGAGCGUCCUGUACGGCGUCUAG